AUGGCGUUCUUCAAGUCGAAAGUCGCGCCCUCCACACUGUUCCUGUGGAUGAACAGAGUGUUCGCCAGCAUCUGCGGACUUCAGGAUGGAAGCGAGUCCGCGUGGCCGCCAUUGAUCUUCAGGGGCUGGAUUCCCACGGACAACGACAAGGUCCGUCUGUUCGUCCUAACGUUCCUGGAGUCGGGCUGUGACUACCUCCCGUCAAUUUCCGGGCUGCCGUUCGACAAGAUGUGGGUACUGGCCCUCAAGAGCGUGCGAACGGAGGGUUUGUUUGACAAGCCGCUGUUCUUCGAGGAGCAGGGUGGCACGUGGGCCGUGGAAGUCGACGAAUCGGCGUUUGGCACUGCCCAUUUGACUCCAGCCCAGCUGGUCGAAAGCAUUGACGGCGACGUCGAGAGCUACGUGGACGUGAUCCUCUACGCCAUCCUCCAACUCCCCAAGAAGGAGACGACAGCCACCUGUCCGUUGUUUUUUUCCUUGCGCAAGCAGGCAGAACGAGAUAACGCCAUCUUUCGGUACUGGCAGAAUGGCCUGAGGUAGACCAUGCCGGUGACAGAGUUU